GACGGCACUUUCAGCAGGUACAGCGCCCCCAUGAUCACCACCCACCCUGACGGGAGCUGGUCUUACUCUAAAGCUACUCAGCAGUAUGAUGUGUGUUUCAGCUCAGACACACUCAAGAGUGACGUAGUGGUAUUCCCCGCCCCGUUUCCACCUGUAGAUGCAGAACUGAUCAGUAUUAACGGAGGAGACACUUUUACCAUGACUCAGACUUUACCUAACAAAGAAAAGGUGAGUCCAUGAAAUUUUUAAAUACUUGGACAUUGUCAUUGCUCGUCAUUACAGUUUCAAUGGUCCAUUUUUUUUUCUUAUCUUAGCCGUGGUGUAUCUAGUGAUUUAAACAAGAACUGUCAGAUGCUGUGUAUUUGAUGAUGAGUUCUCAUCUAAAUCACAGCUUUCUAUCUGUUAGAUAUUUCAACGUGUAGUUCACCAUUUGUGGUCCUGUGUUUUUUCCUUUUUCUUUUUUUCUUGAAGAUCUUAGGAUAUGUGUGUACUUUGACUGAUAAAUUGACACAUAUGCACAUUGUGUCAGUGUACUAAAGGUUAUCAUUGCUCUUCAAGGUUGAGUUGUGAUUUACAUAUUCAAUUGAGCAUUUUGAAUAAAAAAAUUUUUCAGCUAUUUGAUUUAAUUAAAGUAAAUAUAGAGGAAAAUAUUAACGAAUACUGAAUGUGUAUAAAAAUGCAACGUUUUUGUUCGUGUCAUUUUUAAAAGGGAGAAUAUGCUAAUGUGGGCUUACUCCAUUUUUAUGUCUAAAUUAAACUGGUUUUGUAACGUGAAAAUCACUCACAAUGUAGCUGUGAUGAUGCUCUAAUAAACACAGAAACAUUCAUAUUAGCAAAAGAAUAUAGAAAAAAGUGUUCGGAUGAUUAAUUAAUAUCCCUCUUUAUUUAUUUUUUUUGUUGUUUGUUUGUUUGUUUGUUUGUUUAAAUCUCCUUAAUCGCAAUAAGACGGUUCAUUUUUUACCUUUACUUCUAAGUUAGCUUCCAAAAGAAAUAGUAUUCAUAAAAACACAGAAUAGCAGAAUGGCAUACAUAAUCAUGAUGGCAACGUCUUACACUGGGGUUAAUAUUUGACUGUUCGUUUAUGAGGGUCAAGUGUAUUAACACGUUUGAUAAUGUGUGUAGUUCUCGCAAAUGUCCACACGGGGACAUUGCAGACUUUUCCAUUUGAGCUUCCUCUUUGAAUGGCUCGGGGCUCCUCCCAGAUUCAAAUGACGAUUAUGUUUAUCAGGCGAUUCAGACAAAGAGAAUCAGAGGGCGAAAGAGAACGGUACGAGAAACGCUGAUAUUCUGCCAUUGACCUAUUGAUUUUUUUCUAUUUAUGCCGUUACACACCGUGUCAAUUUUUAUGCUUUUUCUCCUUGAACAUAAUUAUGACUGGACCGAGCAGAUCGAUCUGUGUGUGGAUAUAUCUCGUCUUCGUGCUGCUGGAUUGUUACUGGGAAAAGGUUUCUGGGCAGCUCUCUUACUCCGUCUCAGAGGAGGUGAAUCUGGGGACUGUUGUCGGAAAUGUCGCGAAAGAUCUGAGCAUUAGCAUCCAGGAUUUGGAGCCCCGCAUGUUUCAGAUCGUUGCUGGAUCAAAGAGGAAAUAUUUCGAGGUAAAUCUAAAAACUGGAGCCCUCUAUGUUAACGAGAGAAUAGAUCGAGAAGAGCUUUGCGGUGAUGAGCCCAAAUGCUCACUCAGUGUAGAAGCUGUUAUUAAUAAUCCACUGAAACUGUAUCGUAUUGAACUGUUAAUAUUAGAUGUCAACGAUAAUUCCCCUUCAUUUGAACGCACGUCGCAGGUAAUCAACGUAACUGAGAACACGGCAGUAGGGGCAAAAUUUCCUCUGCAUCAAGCUAACGAUGCGGACAGUGGGAAAAAUUCCGUAAAUACCUACAAGCUGAGUCAAAAUGAAUAUUUUUCAUUGACUACACAUAAAGAAGAGGGUGUGACUCCUGAGUUGGUGCUUCAGACAGUUUUAGACAGAGAAAAACAGUCUGUGAUUAAGCUCACACUGACUGCCAUCGAUGGAGGAACACCUGCUAAAUCUGGAAGCAUGACUAUAAUAAUCAAUGUGUUAGAUAUUAAUGACAAUCCUCCGAUUUUCAGCCAACGGUUGUAUAAAGCCAGGGUCUACGAAAAUGUUAAAAUAGGCACAUCAAUAAUUACACUGGAUGCCACUGAUUUAGAUGAAGGACAGAAUGGAAAAGUGAUUUAUUUAUUCAGUGAAGUCAGUCAGGGGAAAAAAACGAAUUUGUUUUCUAUAAAUAAACGAACAGGAACUGUAACGAGUACAAGGAAUAUUGAUUUUGAAGAAAAUAAUGCUUUUGAACUUCGAGUGCAAGCCUUUGACAGCGCAGUUUUUCCCAUGAGUUCACAUGCUAAAUUACUGGUUGAAGUAUUAGACGUUAAUGACAACGCACCUGAAAUUUCAGUCACAUCACUGUUGAACACUGUU